CUUCGAGAUCUCGGCUCCUCCUCUUCGUCUCUCUCUCUCUCUCUCUCUCUCUCUCUCUCUCUAUACUUUGUGUAUAUAUAAAAUCUCGCAAUCAAGAGGUCUCAGCUGGAGCUCAACAGGCAGGGUGCUACCCUAGGAGUGAGAAGGGGGUGGGUGGAGGAGGAAGAGAGAGGGGGGGGGGGGGUGUUUGGAGAAGAGGUUGAAUCGGUUUUAUCCACUGUUUGGCUUUUGAUUUUGUGCAGAAAUGGCAGAAAUACAGCCACCGGAAGCUCAGAUCAACGGGGGUGCACUGGUAUUGCCGUCGGCGGCGGAGAACGUCGGGUCCAAGCGCCAGCGCCGGCCGAGCGUCCGGUUAGGGGACAUUGGAGACCAGCCGGCGACUCUAUCGUACGACGCGCACGUCCGGAGGGGUAAGCCCUGGAACGAUUUCAAGCCCCGGAAGGAGCCUAAUGCGUCUGGUAAGGGGUCAAAGACUCGUCCUUUGACGAACUUGGUGAGUAGUGGUGGUGGUGAGUUCAACGAAACCCUAACCCUAGAGGGGGAGGACAAGGAGGGGAACUUGGAUAGCGUUGCGAUUGGGAGCUGGAAGGUGAGGGAUUUGAAGUCCAAGAGGAAGAGAGUGAGGUCUACUUGGGGGGUUUCGAAGGUGGACGAAGGAGGCGAAGGAGGAGAUGAGAAAUUUAGUGCCGGGGAGGACGUUGAUGAUGGUUAUCGGGAUUUUGAGGCGGAGGGAUCGGAAAAAGAGCAGAGCCCAAUUCAGUCUUCCGAUAGAGGGCAAGAGAAUGAGAGGGAGGUGCAUUUUUUUGGACAGAGGCGGCACAUUAGGGCUAGGACUUCGGAGGGUAGAGAGCAGGAUGGCAUUGAAUUGGAUGGGCCGUCAGAUACGGACGCGAGGGAUUGGAAGUCGGGGACAAAUAGGGGGAGAUGUCGAUAUUCAGAGGAUGGGGUGCGAAUUUGGCUGGAUGGGUUAGGGCUUGGGAGGUAUGCUCCCGUUUUUGAGAUACAUGAGGUUGAUGAUGAGGUGUUGCCAAUGUUGACUUUGGAGGAUCUCAAGGAUAUGGGGAUAAAUGCGGUUGGUUCAAGAAGGAAAAUGUUCUGUGCAAUUCAGAAACUAGGAAAGGGAUUCUCGUGAUUUUGGUUUGCUUGUUCUGUCCGCUGUAAUGCUAGAAAAGAAAACCCUCAGCCAUGGUGAUUAAUGACCCCUGUCUGAAUCGGUUCGGGAUUUAUAUAUGUUUCCAAGCAAGCUAGUAUUGAAUGAAAUGCUUUUUUGCCCUCUUUCGUA